AUGGCGAAAGAUACAUGUUGGAACGGGAAAUCUGGGCUCAAUAGAACCUGAUGCAAGUCCACGCAAGCCGAUUAUUCGAUCUGCAUAAUUUCCCCGUUUCGCAUGUCGUUCAAUACCUGUCAUGCUAUUCGUUUGGCCAUUUGAAAUGGGAUUUGAAAUGAUAUACAACGCCUGGCCUCACCACUGCACGCGCGCAAAUGUGUACCUACUCUGCUACACAUGAUUUGUCUUUCUUUGAGAUAGUUGCCCCCAAUAUUCCGUGUUAAUGGCCAUGUCUGGUACACUCGAGGUUGUACAGGAGGAGCUGGAGGCUAUUCAGCCAUAUAGUAUGCAUGUGUCGUCCAAGUAUCUGGAGCUAACGAGCAAGAAACUGGAGCUUACAAGACUGCCGCGAGAGCUGGAACUCACCGAGUCGCGAAGAUGGGAGUACGGGGUACCGAAAGCGGUGCUUGAACCUCUCUUAGACUUCUGGUUGGAGUCCUACGACUGGCGAACUCAAGAGGCACACUUCAACACUGCACUCCCCCAGUAUCGCACUACUAUUCCAUUACCUUCGUCGUCUCAGUCACAGUCACAAUCGCAACCACAACCACAACCACGAACUGCAUCACAGUUAUUAGAGGAAGGUGCCCCUUCGCUGCGAAUACAUUUCGUACACAAGCGAUCAAAGCACAAGAAUGCUAUCCCGCUACUCUUUUGCCAUACCUGGCCAGCAUCGUUCAUCGAAGUCAACAAGAUAAUCGAUGCUCUGACAGACCCUCAAAGCUUGUCAAGCCUUGGUGCAGGCUCACAGCAGGCCUUCCAUGUCGUUGCUCCGAGCAUUCCAGGGUUUGGCUUCAGCGAUGCAAGUCCUGUAGAAGACUUUGGCCUAUACGAGACGGCGGACUGUUUUCAUGCUGUUAUGAGGAAACUCGGGUACGAGCACUAUGUUGGCCAUGGCACUGGAUGGGGCUUUAACAUAUGUCGCGCAGUGGCUAUCAAUCACCCGCGACAUUGUCUUGCGGUACACACAUGUAAUCCCGCAUUUGCGGAGCCGAACUUCAAACGCAGCCCAUCAGCCUGGGCAAAGUAUCGAGUUGCCAAGUGGACGAAGGCCAGAAUCGCAGCAUUGAGCUUCGGUUAUGUGCCUUCAGAGCUUCUGCCUACAGAGACCGCCGACUCUUGGGAUCAGGGAAAUCAUCCAUCAAGUUUGCUAGGAAGCAGUAAUUCCAGGGGAGGAGGCGCAACAUUGACGUCUCUGUACGCACUACGACCUCAGACAUUGGCCUUCUCCCUCUGCGACUCGCCAAUCGGGCUGCUUGCAUGCCUUCUGGAUAUCAUACAUAGAAGAACCCCCUCUGACUCGCAUCCCGCCCCGCGAUCUCGAUCGCCCUUCCUCUCCCCGUCCGAAUUGGAACUGCAGGAUGGCGAGGCGCAUUCUGCAGCAAACGGAUCCCACACACCUACCGACCGCACAACCGAACGAACCCACCACGACGACAGCGACCUCCUUACGAAAACUUCCAGCUGGUCGCCCACUGAGAUGCUCAAUUGGACGAUGCUCACAUGGCUGCCCGGCCCUGAAGCGUCUUUACGCUGGCUUCGACGCGCAACACUCGACAGCAAUCCAACGUCACGGUUCAGUACGUCGUACUGCCCAGUACCACUCGGCAUAUCCUCCUUCCAAAGAGGCAGUGGUGGCAGUGGGCGGGAUCCAGGAAGCACACCGCUGAUGUGGGGUGCGGCGUCCUGGCACAUCGCAUGGGUGAAGCGACAUCAACGAGCAGCAUGCCUAUCGCCAGCUUGGGAAGCGCCGGACCAGCUUGUGCUUGACAUGCGUGAGUGCUUCGGCACUUUCAGGUCGAACGGGACCGUCAACCUUCCUGUACAGGAAAGCUAGGAGCGGAAUGGGAGGGAGAUGAUAAAAACUGUGGAAAGCUGCUAUAGGUAUAUUGAGCAUUUGCUAUGCGUUUUAUGCAUAUCGAUCAGGCCUGGGAGGUUAGUUCCCGCGGUAGCGUGUGCAGGGCAUCGAACUCGGAGAGGAAGGACAUGCAGGAAUUGGGUAAUGGCAGUGGUGAAUCGGGGAUGCGGAGGGAGAGAUGAGAGAAAAAGUUU